UGCAGCUUGUGUUUACAGCUACAGCUAGCAGAGCACGUUGCUAGUUGAAAACUGUAAAGUAAAAGAAAUAGAGUUAAAAAAAAAUUUAAAAUAUGACCGAAACACAAAAUGGAGCAGAGUUUGACGCCAUUACGGUGCACAACUUCUCGGAGAAGAUAAUGGAGCAGACUGUGCAUUUCCAUGUGAUGAAGCUGAGUGGAGGGUUUUUCCUCUGGGUGGGCUCCUCUCCAGUCCUGUCCAACUUAGCUGUUUCAAUGAGCUGCAAAUAUGACUCGAUGCCAUUAUCUACAUUAGUCAUGGGGGACCCAUCCAACACUGCUCCAAACUCUUUGGCACAGCGAUUAGCAAAGAAGACCAAAAAGCAAGUAUUUGUGAGUUACAGUCUUCCAAUGACAGACUCCAGUCACACUCUCCUUGUGGAAAACAGGAUCAAGAAGGAGCUCGAGCUUCACCCUGAACAUUUCUGAACACAUCUGAUCCCUUUUUAUUGAGCUUCUUCUUUUGUAUGUAACUGAGGACACACCAAGGAUGGAGAAAAAUAUAGCAAGGUCUUCUUCUUUGUUCUUUGGACUCUUACUGAAACCAUGAAUCAUAAAUCCAAACACAAUAACCACAAAGGGUCACAUCAAGUGUUCUUUUAUUGACAUAAUAAAUUAAGUGGUUUAUUAUCAAAACAUGUAGGCCUAUGGCUUUUUGUACAAAUGCAUCAUAUUAAAAAAAUAACACUUAGAAAACAGCAUUAGUGGUUGAGUUUUGUUCUUUUUUUUUUUUUUUUU